GCAUUGUGGGAUCGGAAGAUACCGACGUACUGAAAGCCCAGUGAUUGCAGAAUUUAUGUGGUGAAGUGUUUCUUUCGGUUCGUCUUCACCUAAAGGACUUUUGUUUUGGCGUUUGUCUUGCUUUGCUGCUGCUAUGAACGCGUCAGUGACCAAGAAGACCCAAGAUACCUUGGGAAAAGUGAUUAAGAAGCCGCCUCUUACUGAAAAACUGCUUAGUAAACCGCCGUUCCGCUACCUGCAUGAUAUAUUCACCGAGGUAAUAAGGACCACUGGGUUUAUGAAAGGCCUUUAUUCGGAGGUAGAAACGAAAUCAGACAAUGUCAAGGAUAAAGAUAGUAAGAUUGUAUUUCUUCAAAAGGCAAUCGAUGUGGUUAUAAUGGUGACGGGAGAGCCUCUUUCUGUGAAGCCUGCACGUAUUGUGGCAGGACACGAACCAGAGAAAACUAAUGAGCUGCUUCAGGCCAUUGGAAAGUGCUGCCUCAAUAAGUUGUCUAGUGAAGAUGCUGUGAAAAAAGUGCUUGCUGGUGAGAAGCCUGACCUCAAAGGAAAGCCUUCCACAUCAAAAUCUCAGGACAAGGAGAACAGAGAGAGCAAGGAAGAAGACAAGAAGCGACACAGAGAAAAGGAGGAGAAAAGGGAUACUGAAAUCAAAGACCGAAGCACAAGCAGAGACCGAAAGGACACAGAUAAGACAAAAGAGCAAGACAGUAGAAAGAUAGAGAAGGACAGACACAAGGAGGGCACGCAUCAGGAAAAAGGUCAAGAGCGUGAUAGGACGAAGGACCGGGACAAAGACAAAACACGAGACAGGGACAAAGACAAAAGCAGAGAGAAGGACAGAGACAAAGCCAAGGAGAGGGAUGUCCAGAAAGAGAAGGAUAGGGAAGCAGAGAAAAGGAGAGAUCGAGACAAGGAGAGAAACCUUGAGAAAGCAGAAAGGAAGUCAAGAGGGCCAGAUGAGACACAGAACAGAAAAACAUCUGAACAAUCAAUAAAAAACAUCAGAGCGGAGGGGGACGAGACAGAGAGUCCUGCAAGAAUUCCUCGGCCUUCAUCUGCCAAGGGACAAAGGAGAAUGCCCAAAACUGGGGGACAAGAUGAAUCAGACAGUGAUGUGGAUGCUGAAACCCCUAAUGUAGAGAGAGCUGCACCUUUGGAGAAUGGUGACGUCAUAGAUGGGCUACCUCCUCAGGCAACACAGAGGAGAAUACCACGCCCCAGCAGUGCCCGACCAGCACCACCACGGGUCAAACGGCAAGAGAGCAUUGACACGUCACCUGCAGAAAGGGUUGGCAGUGGAAAGCCUUUGUCAGCUGUGAUAGUGGAAGGGAAAAAACUCUCUGAUGAUGAUGAAGAUGACGAACAGUUUAUGGUAGAAGAAGCAGCGCUACCUCCUCCUGAUAUGCCUGAAUUGGAAAUGGAGCCUGCUGUGGAGUUGAAAGAUGACGAAACGCAUGGUGGGCUGGUGAAGAAAAUUUUAGAAACCAAGAAGGAUUUUGAAACUUCAUCUUCACCAAAGCUGAAAGACCAGGAGAGGGUUCUGGUGUCUGAGGCAGCAAAGAAGAAAGAGCGGGACUUGGUGUCCAGAGAGAUUGAGAAGUUAAGGUUGUCCAUCCAAACAGUGUGUCGCAGCGCCCUGCCACUGGGUAAGAUCAUGGACUACAUCCAGGAGGAUAUGGAUUCCAUGCAGAAUGAGCUACUGACAUGGCGGCGUGAAAAUAAAGAGCAUGCACAGGCACUGCUGCAAGAGCAAAGAAUAACAGACAGUGCCAUAGAGCCCUUGAAGACUGAGCUUGCAGAACUGGAACAGCUUAUCAAGGACCAGCAGGAUAAGAUCUGUGCUGUGAAGGCCAACAUCCUGAAGAAUGAGGAUAAGAUCCAGAAGAUGGUUUCCAGCAUCAACUUCACGUCUAGGACUUGAGAACCGGUUGAAUAAUGGAACAAAAAUAAUAAAGCACUGAAAACAAG